UUGAUUCGCCCUGUGCGGAUACAGGACAUCAUUCUCCUCAUCUUCAGCGUCAUCUUCUGCUGGACCUGCUUCCUCUACUUUUAUUUAUGACGAAGUGUUUGAAAUUCACCAGACAGAACUCACAAAGUGGCGAUAAUAAUGUGAAGAUUUACCUUUAAACAGUUCUUUUGGACUGAAGCUACACGAAGAGCAACGAUGAAAAGUUUGUUUGUCCUCGUCUUGUUUUUCUUAACGACUCUCCUGAUGGCUGAUGGGCGCCACCCCACCUGUAACUUCCUGCUGGAGGUGGAGGAAGACCACGCUGAGUGUUUGAAGAGACUGAAGGACGAAGAGCGAGACGGACAACACAAAGAUACACCACUCUCCGUCUGGACUGUUUGGACCAGAUGUAAUCUUUCUGAAGAAGCAGGCUGCAAAGGAGUAUGGGACAACAUCACGUGCUGGGGGUACACUGGGAUCGGACAGACCUCCACCAUCCCGUGUCCCCGCGUCCUCAAGACCGUCUUUGGCACAAGCGGAAACAUCAGCAGGAACUGCACAGCAUCGGGAUGGUCCGAGGUCUUCCCUGAUAUAGCCAGCGCGUGUGGGUCAGACACCAGUCAGAACAAGCUGCUGUUCUACGUGCUGGUUCAGGCAUUGUACACACUGGGUCACAGCCUGUCACUCAUCGCUCUGACCACAGGGAGCGCUGUCCUCUGCCUCUUUAGGAAGCUCCACUGCACCAGGAACUACAUCCACCUCAACCUAUUCUUCUCCUUCAUCCUGAGGGCUGUGGCCGUGCUGGUUAAGGACAACAUCCUCUUUAGCCCCACAUCCUCCUGUUCCAGUCAGCUGUCACUGGUGGCAUGUCGAGCCAGUCUGGUCUGCUUGCAGUACUUCAUCAUGGCCAACUUCUUCUGGCUGCUAGUGGAGGCCUUGUACCUUCACACUCUGCUGGUGGCCAUCUUCUCAGGGAACAGACACUUUGUCAUCUACAUGUUCAUCGGCUGGGGAAUCCCGACAGUGUUUGUCUUCACUUGGGUGAUGAUGAGGAUUUACCUGGAGGACACAGGAUGCUGGGAGAGGAAUGACAACCCGAUACCAAACUGGGUUAUCAAUGGACCCAUUGGACUUUCUAUCCUGGUCAACUUCAUUCUGUUCAUCAGCAUCAUUCGGAUCCUGGUGCAGAAACUGCAAUGUCCCGACGUGGGCGGCAACGAUCACUCACAGUACUGGAGGUUGGCCAAGUCCACACUCCUGCUCAUCCCCCUUUUUGGGAUUCACUACGUGGUCUUUGUUUCUCUCACGGAAUCCAUAGCUCAGGACUACAAGAUCUUUUUUGACCUGGCCCUUGGAUCCUUCCAGGGUCUAGUGGUUGCCAUUCUCUACUGUUUCCUAAACAGUGAGGUGCAAAGUGAGCUGAAGAGAAAAUGGUGCAGUGUGUGUCUCAACUGCCGUCUGAAUCGGGCCCAGCGCCUCAGCAUCACUCUGGCCUCCAGGAACAGUUCUGAACCCAUGGUGCAGUUUCAACGCACGUCCAGAACUCAGUCCAUCCUGCAGUCAGAGACUACCGUGCUGUGACCACAACACCAUCAAGGCGCUGCAUUAGAUUGGGUUGGACCUUUAACUUAAAGAACCACAUGGCUCGGACCUGUACAUCUGACCUUUAAAAUGUGGACCAUGUAAAGUUCUUAAUGGUUCUGACUGAAAGCCACGAUCUUCACGUAGUUCAGUUUUAUGUGGUCAGUGUGUGUUACGUAGUAUUUAUUUAGCAGUGACUGAAGAUUGUAUGAAUAAGAACAAGUUUGUCCACUUCAUAUGUACAUUGAUGCAUGCAUGCAUCCCAGAAUGCAUUGCAUAUCUGGAAACAGGUGCUUGUUUUGUUGGCAGUUUGGGUCUGACCAAUCACAUUCAUAACUCGAGAAGAGGUCCUCUCUGACCAGACCAUUGCGGUUGUGGUUCUUCAUUUUUUGCUGUUUACCUGUAGAAUCAAAUAUUUGGACCAAAACAAAUGUUGGAAAUAGGCGAACAAGAUAGUUAUUUUGGUGGAUUUUUUAAUUGGCAUCUUUUAAAAAAUAUUGACACUGGACUGAAGGAAUGCUAUCAUUGUUAAACUUUUAUUAUGUAUUUUUUUUAUUAUGUAUUUUUUAUUAUCUAUUUGGUCAAAAAAGUCCGGUUCAAGCUCUUAAUUUAGUCAUAACAUUGAAGAUAUUUUGUACAUUUGUCAAUGGAGAAGAAAGAUAGUGUGCUUAGAACUGAACCUUGUGGAACGCCAACACUAACUUUGUUUCCUUGGCACCUACAAGGUUUAAGUGUCUCAUUUUCAGGUGAAUUUUAAAAAGAUGCCAGUUGGAAAACACAUUUUUAUAUCCCAGUUCAGCCUUGACAAGCGUGACGAGUGUGUUCUCCUUUUCUUUUCCUUUCGGCUUUUCCCUUCAGGGGUCGCCACAGCGAAUCAAUUGCCUCCAUCUAACUCUGUCUUCUGCAUCUUCUUCUCUCACAACAGCUACCUUCCUGCCUGGCAGUUCAAAACUCAGCAUCCUUCUACCUAUACAUUCCCUAUCUCUCCUCUGAACAUGUCCAAACCAUCUCAGUCUGGCCUCUCUGACUUUAUCUCCAAAACCUCUAACAUGUGCUGUCCCUCUGAUCUACUCAUUCCUGAUCCUAUCCAUCCUGGUCUCCCAGAGAGAACCUCAGCAUCUUCAUAUCUGCUAACUCCAGCUCUGUCUCCUGUCUUUUCCUCAUUGACACUGUCUCUAAACCAAACAACAUUGCUGGUCUCACCACAGUUUUGUACCCCUUUCCUUUCAUUUUAGCUGAAACUCUUCUAUCACACAUCACACCUGACACUUUUCUCCACCCGUACCAUCCUGCCGGAACACGCUUCUUCACCUCUUUUCCACACUCUCCAUUGCUCUGCACUGUUGACCCUAAGUACUUAAAAUCCUCCACCUUCUUGAUCUCUUCUCCCUGUAACCUCACUCUUCCACUUGGGUCCCGCUCAUUCACACACAUGUACUCUGUCUUACUGCGGCUAACCUUCAUUCCUCUCUUUUCCAGGGCAAACCUCCACCUCUCUAUCUUCUCCUCGACCUGUUCCCUGCUCUGUCAUCUGCAAACAUCAUAGUCCAUGGAGAUUCCUGUCUAACCUCGUCUGUCAGUCUGUCCAUCACCAUAGCGAACAAGAAGGGGCUCAGAGCUGAUCCCUGAUGCAGUCCCACCUCCACCUUGAAAUCCUCUGUCACAUCUACAGCACACCUCACCACUGUCUUACAGUCCUCAUACAUGUCUUGCACCGCUCUAACAUACUUCUCUGCCACUCCACACUUCCUCAUACAAUACCACAGUUCCUCUCUGGGCACCCUGUCAUAAGCUUUCUCCAGAUCUACAAAAACACAAUGCAGCUCCGUCUGGCCUUCUCUGUACUUCUCUAUCAACAUCCUCAAAGCAAAUACUGCCUUUGUAGUACUCUUUUUUUUUUUUUUUUUUUUGGCAUGAAACCAUACUGCUGUUAUAAAUGUCUAAUCUAAAUGUAAAUGUCUUUUCUCAUAUCCUUGUUGAACUUGUGUUUGUGUGCUGAGAUGUCAUGAUAAAAGUUGUCUUUUUAAUUGUUGUUCUGUGUCCACGUCAAUCUGUCCAACACGCUUUGAGCGAUCACGUGACCAGGUCCAAGCUGCCAAAGAAGUCAGCCGUCUUGGAUGUCCUUUUUCUUGAUUGACUCAGUGUUACGUAACAGACAUCCAUAAACUUGCUGGCAUGUAAUCGUCAAUGUGAUUUAGCAUUUCAUAAGAAAAUGAAUCUCCAGGCUUUACAAUAGUCUUGUUAGCUACUGUAAGGAUCCAGUCAUUCAUCAAAGUGGUCAAGGUUGAACUGUACUCUCAACUCGUAACACCAGAAUUUGUUUUAAUGCAACUAAACAUGACAAGUAUGAACACAGCCUAAAUCCUGACUGGAUCUCAGGUGCUUUGUUUGACCUCUGCCUCCAUUAAAGACGUGACAGAUGGGAACAUGUCAGUCAAUGGGGUUGUCAAACAAGAGAAAGACUUGUCAGCACCCAGGGGUAAUAAACACCUUUCAUGAAGCAGCUAGGGGGUUCACAUCUUAUGAAUAAUUCAGCAUGGAUAAAUGUGAACAUUGAUUCUGAGCACAGGCAGCAUUUAAAUCUAAUUAGGCAAAUACAACACAAUGAAGCUUUAUUAGGUGUGUGUUCUCCUGAUUGGACCCAUUAAAGAUAAGAGGAUUCACUUGACU